AUUACAACAUCACAUCCAUCCUUUGUAUUAUCGAUGAUCAUGGAAUCUAAAUCUUAUUCUUACAUCCUCAUUUUCUUCCUACAUAUUUUCCUCGCACAUUUUCUCAUUCAUACGACAGCCAAUAUCCCAGCCAUCAUCGUCUUCGGCGACUCCUCCGUCGACGCCGGCAACAACAACCACGUCCCGACAAUAGCCCGGAGCAACUUUGGACCAUACGGUCGUGACUUUGCCGGUGGGAGGCCGACCGGGAGAUUCUGCAAUGGCCGGAUUGCAACGGACUUCAUCUCCGAGGGCGUCGGGUUGCGCCCCGUCGUGCCGGCGUAUUUAGACCCCGCUUAUAAUAUGUCUGAUUUUUCCGUCGGAGUAACUUUUGCUUCCGCCGGUACCGGUUACGAUAACGCCACUUCUGAUGUCCUUGGCGUAAUCCCGAUGUGGAAGGAGCUAGAAUACUACAAGGAGUACCGGAGCCGGCUGCGGGAGCACGUGGGCGACUUCCGGGCGCUGUCGACGCUGGUGAAUGCGCUGUACGUCGUAAGUAUGGGGACAAAUGACUUCCUGGAGAACUACUACAGCACUUUCUCGCAGAGGCGAAUGCAGUACACGGUGGACGAGUACGAGGAUUUCCUGAUCAGAUUGGCGAGGAAUUUUGUGGUGGAGAUCCACAGCCUGGGCGCACACAAGAUAUCGCUGGGAGGGCUGCCGCCGAUGGGGUGCAUGCCGUUGGAGAGGACGCAGAACAUUGCGAAUGGGAACGAGUGCAUGGAGACGUACAAUGUGGUCGCCGAGAGCUUUAACCAGAAGCUUGAGGCCAUGGUGGGCGAGCUCAACCGAGAUAUCCCCGGCCUGCAAUUGGUCUUUUCGAAUCCUUACUAUGUUCUUCGCCAAAUUGUUGACAACCCGGCCUCCUAUGGAUUUGAAGUGUCGGAGAGGGCGUGCUGCGCGACGGGGAGAUUCGAGAUGGGGUUUACGUGCGAUGAGCGAAAUCCGAUGACGUGUCGGGAUGCGAACAAGUAUGUGUUUUGGGAUGCCUUUCAUCCUUCGGAGCAGACAAACAGAAUUGUUGCUCAACAUCUCCUCAACACUUCUCUGCACAAGUUUCUCAUCACCUAAUACCCAUUUCAAUUUCACUCGCUACCUAAUAAUAUAUAUGUCUAUGUCGUCUUUGUGUAUUAUUGUUCUUGUUUCAUUAAUUAAUUAAUGUGUGAUUAUUGUUGUUAUUAUUAUUAUUAUAUUGUUAUUUACAUCUGCUGUUGUAAUAUGAUUGAUGUAGGAAGUUUUGUUGCUCCAUUGGUUUAUGUUUAAGGCUGGGCAAUGUUACGAGGAAGAAUAAAAUAAUCUUGAGGAUA